AUGACUGAAGCUGCCAGUAUCUAUCCCUCGCUGGAGAAGCGCCCAAUGAAGGGUGUGAUCUGCCUAUUCGAUGUCGACGAAACCCUCACCAAGGCUCGGCGGUCUGCCACCCCGGAGAUGCUCGCGCUGCUCUCACAACUGCGACACAAGUGCACCAUUGGAUACGUCGGUGGCUCCAAUCUGGUCAAGCAGCAGGAACAACUAGGGACGAACGCAAUCGACGUCACCACUCUCUUCGACUUCUGUUUCCCGGAAAACGGCCUGAUGGCCUUCCGCCAGGGCAAGCCACUGGCCAGCACCAGCUUCAUUGAAUGGCUCGGCGAGGAGAAGUACCAGGAGCUGGCGGAUUUUUGCCUCAAGUAUAUUGCCAGCACCAAGCUGCCCAAGAAGCGUGGUACCUUUGUGGAGUUCCGGAAUGGCAUGAUCAACGUCAGCCCCAUUGGCCGUAAUGCCAGCGUGGAGGAGCGGGAUGAGUUCCAAGCGUAUGAUGCGAUCCACCAUAUCCGCCGAGACAUGGUGGCAGCACUGAAGAAGGAGUUCCCCGAUUGGGGAUUGACGGUCCCCCAAACUAGUUACUCUAUCGGCGGUCAAAUCUCCUUCGACGUCUUCCCAACGGGUUGGGACAAGACAUUCUGCCUGCGACACGUCGAAGCUGAGAAGAACAUCUCCGGCGUCGAGUACACGGAAAUUCACUUCUUCGGCGACAAGUGCUUCCCUGGUGGAAACGACCACGAGAUCUACGAGGACCCGCGCACGAUCGGCCACGCGGUCGAGGGCCCCGAGCACACCAUGCAGCUCAUCAAGGAACUUUUCCAGCUUUAG